AUGGCUGCUGUCGACCUUCAGCCAGAGAGAAUGGCUUGUCUAGUUCUUGUCGGUGCGCUGUCUGGAACAUGGGACUUCCAUGGCCUGCACUGGACCUCAUGCGGUGACUCCAAUCAGUGGCAAGACGUGCGGCUGUCCAUCUCGACGCCUAAGUGGAGAAACUACGACAUCCAUACUCGUAGCGCAAGUCCAGUUGUUGUGUAUACCUUGCAUGGGCGGCCGCGAGACACAGGAAUAGGAGUUCCUCGCGGCCUUGCCAUGGCACCUUUGGCCCAUCCACAGCUGCCAAUGGCCGCAGCCCAACAAGCCGCACUCAGGCGGAGAUGCUGGCGGCUUCCUCUGUACGGAGAGGAGUGGUUCCGUCUUCUUUGCAUGAGGGUGUGCGUGGUGAGACGGGUGAUGAUGCGGCAAGUUACGUUUGUCGUCAGCAGGGUGCGUGUCUGUGGUUGA